UCGCGUUUUUUUGCUGUUCUGAUAGUAAAAAAUAAAUAAACAGAUAGAGGAUGGCAGAUUGCACUGUUGAUGUCUUCAUAAGCAAUUACACACUUGUGGAUCCAGAAAUAUAUCAACUAUGGAUUGAGGGAUUUACAUCCAACGAAGCCGUUUGCUAUUUAAAGCAAAAGGGGUUUGGAAAUGCCAUGGGCGCUCCACUUGAGCUAAUAGCUUCCGAUGUUCUCGACCAUUAUCGUACAUAUUCGUUGAUCGAACGCUUGCUCCAUGCACCUAGCAAGCUAUUGGAACAGUCAUGUUUCCAAUUGGAACCACAAACGCGUCAAUUGAUCAUUGAAAAAUAUUUCUCAAUAGAUGAUGUGGUGGCUCGCGAGAUUCUUGGUAAGAAAUUAACGUCCCGCUAUCGCAAGGAUCUGGAUGAAGUAGCUGAGAAAACAUGUGUUAAGUUAAAAUCAUGUCGACGCCAAUUCGACAACGUGAAACGCAUUUUUAAAGCUGUGGAGGAGAUACCAGGGACCCUGACCAACAAUAUUAAACAACACUUUUUUAUUUCAAAUGAAUUGGCCAAAAAAUAUGCCUGCAUUGUAUUUUUGGCCUGCCUACGAUUCGAAACAUCAAAGAAAAAGUUGCAAUAUCUAACAUUUGGUGACUUACUUACAUGUUCGCACUCUAUAAUGAUUUAUUGGACAUAUACAUAUACUGGGCACACAGGUCCCGAGUACUACGACACUGAAAUGGACAAGGAAUUUCUACUCGAUCUGCGUGAAUUACGGUGCCUUCUUGAAAAGGAGAAGGAAAUCAAGCACCUCGUUUGUAUGCGUCUAAAACCUGUGUUACUAGAACGCGCCUUUCAUGAAUUGGACUCGAGCUUUCGUUCUUAUUGGCGUGCUUUAAUUACAAUUGCAUGCAAUUUGCAUCGUAACCGUGAGUUGCGUGAUCUAUUUGUCGAUCUUUGUGAAAAAUUAAUAGAACCAUGGCGUCAGAAUGGGUGGAAUCGCGAGCAAGUUAACAAAUUUCUAGCGUCAAUAACACAAAGUGUUUUGGAAUUAGAAAUUUCAAGGGAUCAAGAGACUCGUUGUCUGUGGGACCGCUAUAUGCAGGUUAUAACAAUUUGCUUGGAUAAAAUGUACCAUAUUUAAGUAUUUAUUGUACUUUUAGUUUUCUAAUAGUUUUUAUGUCAGCAUAUUGUAUUUGUAAUCUUUAAUAGGCCAAUGCAGCAUUUAAAAAAAUAAACAGUUACAUA